AUGCCCACUUCCGCUAUAGACGACCUCGUUCACAAUAUACUCGCUGAAGUCGCCUCCACAAUUAUGAGCAUACCCGCAUCGCCUACACUUGUCAAUGGAGCACCCUCUCGAGCACAGACACCCUUUAUCCGCGCCUCAUCGCCCUCACCUUCUAUCGAACUCAGUCACGCAUCGGACGAACAAGAAUUUGCCACGCGUCUGAUCUCGGCCAUCCGUGUUCCUGUCGACUUCACAGAUAUCCUUGUCGCCUUACGAAAUCGCCCGCAAGAUCGACAAGCGGUGGUUUCCAUGCAACGAGCAUUGGAAAUGGUCGAGUGGAUGCAGACGGCCAGACAAGAGCUCAUCGCAGCAGAGGAAAGGACGAGUAGAGCCUGA